UGUGCUGCUCAGUAUUCUACCGGGACCAGAACAUAAACCAUCCUUGGCUCCGGAGAAUGGAAACCAGGCAGCGGAGUAAAUCUAUCCAGGUUCAGAGCGCUUACUCAGAUGAUCUGGUGAAACUCUCCUAGAUGAUCUGGUGAAACUUUCCUAGAUGAUAAAGUGAAAGCCUUCCUAGCUGAUCUUGUAAAAGCCUCUUCUUCAUAGAUUAUAUGAAACCAUCCCAGAUGAUCUAAUGAAACUCUUCCACGUGAUCUGAUGAAUCCAUCCUAGAUGAUCCGCUAAAAGUAUCCUAAUCAUCUCUUGGCUGCUAACAACAAAAUAAACAAGGUGUUAAUCGAUCUCAGUAACUCUCUCAUCUCUGGUUCUGCACACUCCACUAGACAGAAAGAGAGGGUUAAAUUUAUUACAGGAUGUCAAUGCUACGGGUUUGUAAGCGUGGACUGGACUGGAUUAAGCUCACUCUUCUAUUUACUGUAGGAUUAUUCCCAUACGGAGCCGAGAGUGGACUGCAUGAACGGAGAUUACUAAAUGAUCUCCUGGUUAACUAUAACAAGCUUGAAAGACCUGUUGUUAACGAAUCUGAUGCUGUUGUACUUACAUUUGGUUUAACACUCCAGCAGAUUAUCGACGUGGAUGAGAAAAACCAACUUCUGACUGCAAAUGUUUGGUUGAAUUUGGAAUGGACCGACGUGAAUCUACGGUGGAACGAGUCCGAAUACGGAAAUGUAAAAGAUAUUAGAAUACCGCCAUCUACCAUCUGGAAACCUGAUAUUCUAAUGUACAACAGUGCGAGUGAAGCUUUUGAUGGAACCUAUCCAACCAAUGUUGUUGUAACAAGCAACGGUGGAUGUUCCUAUAUACCGCCUGGUAUAUUCAAAUCUACGUGUAAGAUCGACAUCACCUGGUUUCCAUUCGACGAUCAGAACUGCGACAUGAAGUUUGGAAGCUGGACCUACAAUGGAUUUAAUUUGGACUUAAAUUUAAAAAGUGACACGGGAGGCGAUACGAGCACUUAUAUUCUCAAUGGAGAGUGGGACCUAAUAGGAGUGCCGGCUAAGAGAAACGAAGUUAUCUACGAAUGUUGUCCUGAACCCUACCUUGAUAUCACCUUCAUCAUACAGAUCAGGAGGAGGACCUUGUACUACUUCUUUAACCUGAUUGUACCCUGUGUACUGAUUGCCUCUAUGGCUGUACUCGGGUUCACCCUGCCACCGGACUCUGGAGAGAAACUUUCCCUGGGUAUAACCGUUCUGUUAUCAUUGACGGUCUUCCAGAGUAUAGUUACUGAAACACUACCACAAGUUAGCGACGCUAUUCCAGCACUAGGAACUUAUUUCAAUUGUAUCAUGUUCAUGGUUGCUAGUAGUGUAGUUACUACUAUCAUGAUACUAAACUACCAUCACAGGCUUGCAGAUACUCAUGAAAUGCCAGAUUGGGUUCGAGUUCUAUUCCUGCAAUGGAUUCCCUGGCUGCUACGAAUGUCUAGACCAGGAGAAAAGAUUACAAGAAAAACUAUCAUGAUGCAAAACAAGAUGAAGGAAUUGGAUUUGAAAGAGAAAUCGUCUAAAUCUCUGCUUGCUAAUGUCCUUGAUAUGGAUGAUGAUUUCCGCCCCUCCUCUACACUGCCGCAUAGUCAUGUUCAUCCUCAUCAUCCUAGUCAUGCUCAUCCUCAACAGAAUAAUGGAGGAUUUAUCAGGCAAAUGAGUGUGGAUCGUGAGCCCUGGCCUAGGGUUUCUGGUAACCUGCCUCCUCAGCAGGAGGAAGUACCCUCAACCUUUCCCCCUGGUGCUCACAGGGAGUUGAGCCUGAUUCUGAAGGAGAUAAAGAUCAUAACUGAUAAGAUCAGGGAUGAUGAAGAAGCUGCAGCAAUAGAGAACGACUGGAAGUUUGCCGCAAUGGUUUUGGAUCGAUUGUGUUUGAUCGUCUUCACAUUGUUCACAAUAGUUGCCACAGUGGCCGUACUCGCUGCAGCGCCACAUGUUAUUGUUACAUAAACUGAUCAAGGACAACAGAGUGGGGAAAGUGCUAAAAUAACAUUGAAAGGAAUCUAUAAUGGUGCCAACACAUUUUAUAUCUAGUCUUAAUUUUAGAAUAGAUUAGAUGAUGGGCUCUCUACAAAUAAGAUAUUGUAAAAGAUUUAUUAAAGCUGUUUUUAAUGAUUCCGACAUGUUAUAUCUUCUAUACAUAUAUAGUUUAAGUAUAGAUGAUAGAGAAUGAAUGAUUAAAUGAAAUGUAAGUUUUCUUCUACAUAUUGAUUCGUGAAGUUGGCUCAAAUUAUUAUAACAAAAGGGUUAAAGAAAGACAUAACUCUCAUUCAAUUAUGUAAAUACUUUAAACAAAAGUAACCCUCAAAAACUUUUUAAAACCUUAGUGUUCAAUUCUUAAUUUUGUCCCAUGAGGACAUUAUAGAACUUCUAUUCAUUCGACGAGUCUCGAGUUUGUUGAACUUAAAAUGUUUUUAAUUCAAUAUUUCAAUAAUCCAGCUGAAAACAUUUAUUUGAUAUUUUCACUGCAUCUUUAAGCGUGUGUACAUAUCAAAACUAUGCUGGAAGUAAUUGCCAUAAAUCUAGGCGUACUAAAGCCAUUCACAAGCAGAAAUACCCCCCCCCCCCUCCCUCUC